UCUCAUGUGACAAGGGUUGAAGGCGCUUGGAACAUUGAUGGCAAAGGUCCAAGCAACUGGGAUGUUUUCACUCACAAAUUCCCAGGUAAAAUUUCAAAUGGUAGUAACGGAGAUGUGGCAGCAGACUCCUACCAUCGAUAUAAGGAGGAUAUCAAACUCUUGAAGGAAAUGAAUGCAGAUUCUUAUCGCUUUUCAAUUUCUUGGCCUAGAGUAAUACCUUAUGGCAAGAUUAGCAAAGGCAUAAAUGAGAAAGGAAUUGGGUACUACAAUAAGCUCAUAGACGAAAUUCUAGCUUAUGGUUUAAAGCCAAUUGUGACAAUUUUUCACUGGGACUUGCCCCAAGCCUUAGAUGAAGAGUAUGGAAGCUUCGUGAGUCCUAAAAUUAUAAAGGAUUUUCAUGACUACGCAAAUCUACUGUUUGCGAGGUUUGGUGAUCGAGUGAAAGAUUGGAUCACAUUCAAUGAACCUUGGACCUUUAGUUCAAAUGGUUAUGAUAGUGGAACCUUUGCCCCUGGUCGAUGUUCUGCUUGGAUGAAUAAUAACUGCACCGGUGGAAAUUCAGGGACAGAACCCUACUUGGUGGCACACCACCAACUUUUGGCUCAUGCUGAUGUAGUUAAAUUAUACAGGAGAGUGUAUCAGGCUCUCCAAAAAGGACAAAUUGGGAUUACACUAGUCACUGCAUGGAUGGUGCCAUUUUUAAAUUCACCUCUUGAUCAACGAGCAGCCAUUCGUGCCCUUGAUUUCAUGUUUGGAUGGUUUAUGAACCCUUUGGUAUAUGGUGAUUAUCCCGCUUCAAUGAGAAUUCUUGCCCGCGACCGACUUCCCAAAUUUACAUCAAAGCAAUCUAAAGAACUGAUAGGGUCAUAUGAUUUUCUUGGAUUAAAUUACUACACAGCUAGUUAUGCUGCCCAUGUUACAACUCCUCCAAAUAAGGUGAAUUUAAGCUAUAGCACAGACCCGCAAGUUAACGUUACAGGGGUUGAUGAAGUAAAUAAUCCCACAUUACCACUUAAGCAAGCUCUUCAAGACAGCUUUAGAAUCCGAUACUACUAUCAGCACCUUCAGUAUGUCCGAAAAGCAAUCAAAAAUGGCGUUAGAGUGAUGGCAUACUAUGGAUGGGCAAUUAUUGACAAUUUUGAGUGGAGUGCUGGAUAUAGUGUCCGUUUUGGAAUCAAUUAUGUAGACUAUAGUACCUUAAAAAGAUUCCGUAAGCUCUCUUCUUACUGGUUUGAGAGAUUCCUCCGCAAGUAA